UUAUAUAUUCACGCAUUACGUUCUGCAUCGGACUCUACAGCGCUUACACACAACAACAUAUUUUAUAAGGAAUAUUUGUGUUUUUGUUAAGACAACUUUAAUAUAUAUACAUGUAUACUGAGCUUUUUUUGAUUGAGUUUGUUGUUGUAUCUAACGUGUAGUGUGUGUGCGCGCGCGCGCGCGCCUGCUCCUUUAACAGUUUGAUUGUAUGCGAGUGUGUGUGUGUUGAUGUGAUAUUAUGGCGGUGAAUCUGGAUAAAGACGCCUUUUACCGCCGCAUCAAGCGAUUCUACGGCAACUGGAAGAAAGGUGAAGAUGAGUUUGGGAAGGUGGACGCUAUCAUGGUGUCUGUGGGCGUGGAUGAAGAAAUCGUCUACGCCAAAUCCACAGCCCUUCAGACGUGGCUGUUUGGAUACGAGCUCACAGACACUAUAAUGGUCUUCUGCGAGACGAAGAUCGUGUUCUUGGCCAGUAAGAAGAAAGUCGAGUUCCUCAAGCAGGUGGUGGUCACCAAAGGCAACGAGAACGCCAAUGGAGUUCCUCCCAUCACACUGCUGGUCAGGGAGAAGAGCGAGAGCAACAAGGCAAACUUUGAGAAGAUGAUGGAAGCCAUCCGUGGCAGUAAAGAAGGCAAGGCGGUGGGUGUGUUCAUCAAGGAUAAGUUCCCCGGAGAAUACAUGAAGAGCUGGAGCGACAUGAUCACGGCCGAUGGCCUGGAGCGGGUGGACAUCAGUACGGUUGUGGCGUACACUAUGGCGGUGAAGGAGGACGGAGAGUUGGCGCUCAUGAAGAAGGCCUCAGCCAUCACCAGUGACGUCUUCACCAAGUUCUUCAAGGAGCGAGUGAUGGAGAUCGUGGACGCGGACGAGAAAGUGAAACACAGUCGUCUGGCGGAGUCUGUGGAGAAGGCCAUCGAGGAGAGGAAGUAUUUAGGCGGCGUCGACCCCUCCACGGUGGAGAUGUGCUACCCACCCAUCAUUCAGAGCGGAGGAAUUUACAGUCUCAAAUUCAGCGUCGUCAGUGAUAAGAAUCCCAUGCACUUUGGAGCCAUAACUUGUGCGAUGGGCAUCCGUUACAAGUCCUACUGCUCGAAUCUGGUGCGGACGCUCAUGGUGGACCCGCCACAGGAAAUGCAGGACAAUUACAACUUCCUGUUACAGGUGGAGGAGGAGCUCCUCAAAGAGCUGAAACACGGUGUGAAGCUCUGUGACGCCUACAGCACUGUCCUGGAGUUUGUCAAGAAAGAGAAACCAGAACUGGUCAACAAGCUCACCAAAAACAUCGGGUUCGCCAUGGGGAUUGAGUUCAGAGAAGGAUCUCUCGUCCUGAAAGCAAAAAACCAAUACAGACUCAAAAGAGGAAUGGUUUUCAGCGUCAGUCUGGGAUUUUCUGAUAUGAUCAACAAAGAGGGAAAGAAGGAUGAGCAGAAGAAAUAUGCGCUCUUCAUUGGAGACACGGUACAGAUCAAUGAGGACGAUCAAGCCACCGUUCUCACACCCGUCAAAAAGAAGAUCAAAAACGUGGGAAUUUUCCUCAAGAACGAUGAUGAAGAUGAUGAUGAGGAGGAUGAAGAUAACGCAGAGGAGCUGUUGGGUAAAGGAGCUCGCGGCGCCGCCCUGCUGACAGACAGAACCAGAAAUGAGAUGACGGCAGAGGAGAAGAGGCGGGCCCAUCAGAAAGAACUGGCCAAUCAGAUGAACGAGGAGGCCAAGCGUCGUCUGACGGAGCAGAAGGGAGGACAGCAGAUUCAGAAAGCCCGCAAGUCAAACGUGUCGUAUAAAAACGUGUCCCAGAUGCCCCGGGAAAAGGACAUCAGAGAUAUGAAGAUCUACAUCGAUAAGAAAUACGAGACUGUCAUAAUGCCCGUGUUUGGCAUCGCAACACCUUUUCACAUCGCAACCAUCAAGAACAUCAGUAUGUCUGUUGAAGGAGACUACACGUACCUGAGGAUAAACUUCUUUGUACCGGGCAGCUCGCUGGGACGUCACGAGGGAAACAUCUUCCCCAAUCCAGAGGCCACGUUUGUCAAAGAGAUUACGUACCGCGCGUCCAACCUGAAAUCCCCCGGCGAUCACUCCGUCCCCUCCACCAACCUGCAGAACGCCUUCCGUAUCAUAAAGGAGGUGCAGAAGCGCUACAAGACCCGCGAGGCCGAGGAGAAGGAGAAAGAGGGCAUCGUGAAACAGGACUCGCUCGUCAUCAACCUAAACCGCAGCAACCCCAAACUCAAAGACCUCUACAUCCGGCCCAACAUCGCCCAGAAGAGGAUGCAGGGCUCGCUGGAGGCGCACACCAACGGGUUCCGCUUCACGUCAGUGCGCGGAGACAAGGUGGACAUCCUGUACAACAACAUCAAGCACGCCAUUUUCCAGCCCUGCGACGGCGAGAUGAUCAUCGUCCUGCACUUCCACCUCAAGAACGCCAUCAUGUUCGGCAAGAAGCGACACACGGACGUGCAGUUCUACACGGAGGUGGGCGAGAUCACCACGGAUCUGGGCAAACACCAGCACAUGCACGACCGCGACGACCUCUACGCCGAGCAGAUGGAGCGAGAAAUGAGACACAAACUCAAGUCUGCCUUCAAAAACUUCAUCGAGAAGGUGGAGUCGCUGACCAAAGAGGAGCUGGAGUUUGAGGUUCCGUUCAGAGACCUCGGGUUUCAGGGCGCCCCCUACAGGAGCACCUGUCUGCUGCAGCCCACGUCCAGCGCCCUCUGUAACGUCACUGAAUGGCCUCCGUUCGUGGUGACCCUGGAUGAGUUGGAGUUGGUUCAUUUCGAGCGAGUUCAGUUUCACCUGAAGAACUUCGACGUCGUCAUCGUUUACAAGGACUACAACAAGAAAGUCACCAUGAUCAACGCCGUGCCCGUCAACUCCCUCGACCCAAUCAAAGAAUGGCUCAACUCGUGUGAUAUCAAGUACACAGAAGGCGUUCAGUCUUUGAACUGGACGAAGAUCAUGAAGACUAUUGUUGAUGACCCUGAAGGGUUCUUCGAGCAGGGCGGCUGGUCCUUCCUCGACCCGGAGAGCGAGGGAAGCGGAGCCGAGGAAGAUUCGGAGUCAGAGAUUGAGGACGAGACCUUUAACCCUUCAGCUGAUGAAGAGGAGGAGGAAGAGGAGGACAGUGAUGAAGAUUACUCCUCAGAAACAGAAGACUCGGAUUACAGCGCAUCUCUCGGCAGUGAGGAGGAGAGCGGGAAAGAUUGGGAUGAGCUGGAGGAAGAGGCCCGGAAAGCGGAUCGAGAGAGUCAGUAUGAGGAUGUAGAGGAAACGGCAAGCUCGAACAGGAAGAGGAAGGGCCGUUCAUCAGCCCCGCCCCCCAGCAGCAAGAAGAAGAGGCGACAUUAGAUAUCACACACACUGCCAAAUCAAUUUCCCACAAUCCUCUUUUAUUUGCCCUCCCGUGUCUUCCACACACACACACAUGCGCUGGGGUUGGUGUAUAUAGCGUUGGUUAGUGCUGAUGAGUGUUUUACAGUAGUGGAAGAAUCCAGCGCUCACACGUCUGUAUUUACUGCUUUCCUUCAUUGCGCUAAGUUUCAUCACGAGUGUGUUUGUGUGUGUGUGUGGAACGCUUUUCUACAGCAGUAAAUGUGGUACAUGUUAAGAGUGUUAGAUCAGACUCUUCAUCUGAAUGAAUGGACAGGUCCUGUUCAUGUGCUUUUAUAUUAGUGCAUAUUGAUUGUUUCGUUUCUUUGUUCUAUCAUUUGAGGGGACAAACGCACUCUGUGUAAACUUUUGUUUUCUUUAAUACGUCUUCGCUCAUUCUGGCUUGGUAGUCUUGUAUUGUUUAAUCAUAAAUUGUUUUUUUUUAAUAAAAGUUCAAGGAAAUAAA